AUGCCAACUUACGAUUCUGUAGUUCUGGGCGAGAAGACGCCCAUAGUAUUUGAUUUCGGUUCCGCGUGUAUCAAGUACCUCAUAGUGAAUCCCAAGGACCGUCGUGUAGUAGUGAUAGAAUCAAUCAUGACACCCUCCAAGUUCAAAGAUACACUGGGUGAAAUUCUUUUUAUGCACUUUGAGGUGCCCUCUUUAAUUUUUGCUCCCGCCCACGUUGUUUCCCUUUUCACCCUCGGCAUAUCAACCGCACUGGUUCUUGACUGCGGGUAUAGAGAGGCACUCGUGCUACCUGUAAGUCACCUCUUUCCCCUUCACAGUGUCCGACUUGUUCUACAGGUCUACGAGGGAUUCACCAUACUUGGUGCCUGGCAGUCGGGCCCACUGGGCGGAAAGCGCAUCCACAGGUAA